AACCCAGAGAGCCAAAGAAAGGACUACCAACAACCGCAACCGCUCGCUUCCCAGCACCUCCCCACCUUUCGCUCCCUCCCUCCCUCCAAUUGCAGGAUCGGCACCGAUGCGAUUCGACCGCGGCCUCGCAUCCGGUGCGGAGGUCUGUCAUUGGAGGGAGGCUCCUCUCCGCUGCGCGCGCGCGUCGCGGCCUGGGCGAGUUUCCUGCUGGUUCCUCGUCCCUCGGUACGCGCUUCACGCCCUGUGGAGAGAUUUUGCGAUCCUUGGCGUUACUGUUCGAUUGCAAACAGUAUUGCUGCUUCUCUGAGGAGGCAUUAGGGCUAUGGGCAGUUGAACUGAACCGCCGCGGCAGAAAUCCAUUCGUGGGAGAGAGAAAUCAAAGAGGAGAGUGAGUGAUCAUGGAGCGCGUGAUUGGAGGGAAGUAUAAGCUUGGGAGGAAGAUUGGGAGCGGAUCUUUUGGGGAGCUAUAUCUCGGUGUUAAUAUACAGAAUGGUGAGGAAGUGGGAAUAAAAUUGGAGCCUGUGAAAACAAAACAUCCACAGCUGCACUAUGAAUCUAAAGUUUAUAUGCUACUGCAGGGUGGAAAUGGUAUCCCACACCUCAAGUGGUAUGGUGUCGAGGGGGAGUACAAUGUUAUGGUGAUCGAUCUUCUUGGCCCAAGCUUGGAAGAUUUGUUUAAUUCCUGCCACAGGAAUUUUUCUAUGAAAACAGUACUCAUGCUUGCUGAUCAACUGAUAAACCGAGUGGAAUACAUGCAUUCCAAGGGAUUUAUUCAUCGUGACAUCAAGCCAGACAACUUCCUUAUGGGCUUAGGUCGGAAAGCUAAUCAGGUCUAUAUCAUUGAUUAUGGACUUGCUAAGAAAUACAAGGACCUUCAUACUCAUAAACACAUCCCAUACAGGGAGAACAAAAAUCUGACUGGAACAGCACGUUAUGCUAGUGUGAAUACUCAUCUUGGAAUAGAACAAAGUAGGAGAGAUGAUCUGGAGUCUGCUGGCUAUCUUCUGCUAUAUUUUUUAAGAGGAAGCCUCCCAUGGCAGGGUCUUAAAGCUGGCACUAAGAAACAGAAGUAUGACAAAAUUAGUGAAAAGAAAAUGCUUACGUCAGCAGAGGUUCUUUGCAAAUCUUACCCGUCGGAGUUCGUCUCAUAUUUCAACUAUUGUCGCUCCCUGCGAUUUGAAGACAGGCCAGACUACUCUUUUCUGAAGAAACUGUUUCGUGAUGUAUUUAUCCGGGAAGGAUACCAGUUUGAUUACGUAUUUGACUGGACUGUACUCAAGCACCCUCAAAUCGGUUCCAACAACAAGCUUGUUCAACAACCAAGUGCAAGAAUGGCUGGAGUUGGACCAUCAGUUGACCGAACAGACAAAGCCUCCGGUACCGCUCCUGUGGGACAAGAGGCCCGGGACAGAUUCACGGGUGCUGUUGAGGCAUUCGCCAGAAGAAAUCCAGGCUCUGGUCGCCAUGGAGAUCAUUCCAGGCACCAAAGCCUUGCAGAUUCCUUUGGCACAUCCAACGAAGCAGUUGCCGACUCAGAGAAAACGCACAUCUUGUCCUGGGGAGGGAGCUCGUCGAAAAUGCCCGCGGCUUCGUCCAGCCGGCCGACCUCCUCGGGGGACUGCAGUGACCAGAACCACCGGUGGGUUUCUGGCAGUAGUGGCGGCAGCGGGCGGCCGUCCACAGUGCAGAGGCACCACCACUCGGCAGGCGCCGAGAACAGCAGGUCGUCCACGCGCUCCCCCGUGGCCCGGAACGCGGCCGAGAGAGGAGGCUCCGGCUCGCGGGACAGCACGACGUUCCGGAGCCUCGAGCGCCUCUCCAUCACCACCAGCAGGAGGAAGUGAGCUGCCGAGGACCACGCCGACGAUUUCUGUGAGUGAAAGGCGGUUACUAGGCCGACAUCUUUUGCGGGAUCGUUGCUCUCUGCAGCUGAAGCAAAUCGGCAAAUGGAUGGACGGGAUUGCAGCGCAAUGACCUCGAGGAUGGCCUCCUUUACAAGAACUGCCAUGAAAAUGCUUUCUCCAAACCGUAACGUAUAACGCUUCCCCCAACCAACCAGAGGGAAGACAACUCCAAAGUACAAUGCAAUCCUGUUUCACGGCAAGCUUUCACUGUUCACUUGUUUUGCCGUUCUGGCACUAGUUUCUAAAGUCUCCAGCAAUGUAAUCUAUAUUCAUCUUCUAUGCCUGUACUUUAUAGUCUCAUCUAAAAGAUUCUCUCUUCUAUAUCUUUCUAAUCUGCAGCAGCGUCCUCUA